CCUCUUGACUUCCCGCCGGCCGCCGUCAUGUACUGGCCGACGGGCGUCGCCAAGCGCCUGCACCUCACGCCCGGCCUCGGCGUGCCCGAUGCGGCACAUGCCGCCGCAGCGGAUGGCGCUGCCCCACCACCCGCCGCGGAGCCGCUGCUGGCGCUGGCUGCGUUGCCGGACCGCCGCCGCUUCGCCACCCUCACACGCUCCGUGCUCAGCGUCUGGUCCACACGGCCGCCGCGCCAGCUGGCCGCGCUGCGCCGCACGCCGCGCAGUGCCGAGCAGUACGGCGAGAAUGUUGCGCUGGCGUGGCGCGCCGACGGCCACGCCGUCUGUGUCGUGACGUCCACGUCCUACCUGCUGCUCUUCCUCGUCGCGCCGCUACCCUCGCCGCACUCGUAUGUGCCCGCCUCGGGGUCCGGCUCGCGCGCCACGAGCGGCGAGCCCUAUGCGCCGAACCUGCCGACGCUGCGGGCCAGCUUUGCCGCGGCGGCGGGCGAGCACGGCGCUGAGCUGCGUGGUGGUGUGGAGGGGCGCGAGGAGGGUGUUGAGAUCGUGUUUCGCCUCGUGCUGCGCGUUGAUGCUGGCGUCGGCAGUGUCUCCUCCAGUGCGACACAUUUGCUGCUCGGCACAGUGUCGCCGCCCGCGAUGCAGUGCAUCCCCUGGCCGCCAGACGACCCAGAAGAGGCACCGCCAGAAGGUCCGGCCGGCCAGCCGCGCACGAGCAUCCUCGCGCGCCUGGACUGGCUCGUGCGGCCACCCGCCGACGGGCAGCAGGCGGAAGUGCCGCACAUCGUGUCGCAAUGCUCCGCGCACGCGCCAGACUGCUACUUCUGGCUCGCAUUCGAUGGCCGGGCGUAUCAGAGCACUGUGACCUUCGACACACGUGCAUCGAUUUGGCGCGGCCGCUGCUUCCACGGUGCGCCAAGGCGGCGGCGCGCCUCGCACGCAAGCCGGCAUAGUGGAGGACCGGGCGACUCGCCUCUCAAGGUGGAUGACGCUGCGUUUGACGCGCACAACCGCGGCCUGACUGAAGCGACGGACACGGACGAGCUUGACGAGCCGCCGAUACCCGGCAUGCUGCCCGAUGACUUGCGCGGCACGGCGCUCGGCAUCAAUCCCGUCUUCUCGCUCGCAGCCGUUGGCCUCGCUUCUGGUCGCAUCGCAGUCUACACCUACGCCGCCGGGCGCUCCCGCCCCUCGCACACGCUCGACCUGCGCGAGGCCCUGCGCAGCACGGCCAGCUAUCUGCGCACGGGCGAGGUCAAGGCCGUGGCGUGGAGCGACGACGGCUAUGCGCUGGCCGUGGCGUGGGAGCGCGGAUGGAGCGUGUGGAGCACGUACGGCAAGCUCAUGUGCAGCAGCCUGACGGAAGGCUGGGACCUGGCCUCGCCCGGCUUCUCCGACCUCUUCAUGCACGGCGCAGCGGCGGCGUUUUGGGUGCCAGGCAACACCGAGCUGUUCCUGCUGCAUAUUCCCGCGGACGACGCCGUGUCGACCGACCAGCAGCUCUUCGCCAUUUCCUUUGCCAAGAGCGCAGUGGCCGGGCAGCACUCGCCCGACAAUACGCGCUACGCCUUUGUGCAGCUCGACGACGCCGUGCUCGUCUAUCGCGGCAGUGACCAGCCCGACAUGAGCGUCAUCAACCCCGAGUCCGACGUCUGGCACCACAUCAAGAUUCCGCAGCCCUACAUCGCCGCCAACUGGCCGAUCCGGUAUGCCUGCAUCAGCGCCGACGGCCGCCUCAUCGCCGUCGCCGGCCGCCGAGGGCUGGCGCACUUCAGCAGCCUCUCCGGCCGCUGGAAGUGCUUCGCGUCGCGCAGCGAGGAGCAGUCCUUUGCCGUGCGCGGCGGCCUGCAGUGGUACCAGCAUGUGCUCAUUGCUGCAUGCUCGUCGGGCGGGCGGCCAGAGCUGCGCCUCUACUCGCGCGACGCCGAGCUCGACGAGCGCAACGUGCUGCACCGCGAGGAGCUGCCGUCGCCGGUGGUGCUCACGAGCCUGUUCGACAACUCGCUGCUCGUCUACACGCAGGACAACACGCUCUACCACUUCCUCAUCGACACUACAAUCGACGCGAUCCGCCUGAAUCUAUGCGGCAGCAUCACGUUCGAAGGCGUCGUCGCCGAGCCUGGGCGCGUACGCGGCAUGAGCUGGAUGAUCCCUCCGACGCACCAGCAGCUCGGCGAUCCGAUGGACGACCUCACUGUCGCGACCGUGAUCUUCCUCACCGACGGCAAGCUCGUGCUGCUGCGUCCGCGCAAGGCCGGCGAAGACCUCGAGGAGGUCGCCUACGACAUGCAGAUCCUCGGCGACCACAUCGAGUACUUCUGGACGCAUCUGUCGGGCAUCGGCACGCUCGAGAACUCGCUGUGGGGCUACGACGGGCAGGGCAUCAAGCUUUGGCUCGAUGCGCUGACCAUCGAGCGUGCUGAGCGACUUGAUGAGGAGGAGGACGAGGACGCGCCCGAGUACAAGACGAUCGAGGAGAGCGUAUCGAUGCCGCUGGACUUCUAUCCGCUCUGCGUGCUCAUCGAGAAGGGCAUCGUCAUUGGCGUUGACCCGGAGGUCUCGCUGCGGCGCACGCUCGACUUUGCCAUCUUCCGCAGCAGCACAAAUACCCACCUCUUCCUGCAGCAUGUGCUCCGGUGCUACCUUGAGCGCGAGCUGCUGACCGAGGCCGUGCUGUUCGCAAGCCACUACCAGAGCCUCGUGUACUUCGCGCAUGCGCUCGAGAUCUUGCUGCACGCAGUGCUAGAGGACGAGGCCGAUGCGCUGCUGGACGCAGGCGACGAGAGCAUGGCCGAUGCAAGCAACGGCGACCUGCCCAGCAGCAGUAGCGCAAAUACGCUCUUGUUGCACGGCGACUCCACCGGCAUGACUCCGUCUGGCAGCCAGGGCAGCGCGUCGCUGCAGCAGCUCGCAGACGGCAGCUUCGCGUCCAACGGCGACAUCACGACGAACGGCGCAGCGAAGCCCAUGCUUCCGCUCGUCGUCGCCUUUCUCGACCACUUCGACGACGCGCUUGACGUUGUAGUCGGCUGCGCGCGCAAGACGGAAGUCGUGCGGUGGAGCUACCUCUUCGACGCCGUCGGCGAGCCGCGCGAGCUGUUCGAGCGCUGCAUCGCCAGCGGCCACCUCAAGACUGCCGGCUCGUACCUGCUCGUGCUGCACAAUCUCGAGCCGCUGGAAGAGAGCACGGCACAAGCGGUGCGCCUGCUCAAGCUGGCCGCAGAAGAGGAGAACUGGUCGCUCUGUCGGGAUCUGCUGCGCUUCACGCGCAGCAUCGACGAGGACGGCUCGGCGCUGCGGCAUGCCCUGCACGAGACGGGUCUGCUGCAAGAUGCGUCGCUCGCGCCAACGCCUUCCCUCGGCCGGUCUGGCCGGUCGAGUCCGCGCCCCAGCGGGCUCGCGCCUCCCGCACCUCCGCCGACGCUGGCGCGAAGCACCUCGGCGCCGACGGUCCUCGACACGAGCCUCAUCGAAGAGGAGGAGCCGCUGUCGCCCACGAUCCCGCAGGUCGCGCUCCCACACCCCGGUCUGCAGCGAGCCGUCUCGCUCUUCGGCACGCCGGCUUCGGGGCCACCAGUGCCGCAGGUCAGCGUCAAUGGGCGCGUGAUGCCCUCCGCCCCCUCGCGGCGCAUCUCGACUGGCAGUCCGGGCGCCGGCAGGAUCUUCCCGCGCAGUCCCUCGGCCGGCCUGGGCAUGAGCCUCAGCCGCGUGGGCCUGCGCUCGACGGAGCGCCUGUGGGAGAGCGGCGCGUCCGCAGCGCGGCCACGCGGCAUGCAGGCGCCUCUGCCGCCAGCGCCGCCAGAGUGACCCUUGCAAUCGCAUGAUGAAACGCACGCAAGCCUUGCCUGAGCAGCAGGCUCCAGAAGGAUGUGCAGCGCAGCGAUGCAGACGGCGAAUUUGGUGGAGACCCGAGGUAAGGGAUACGUACGUCUGCGCUGAGGCCAUCCCUCCCCCUGUUGCGCACGCCUGAAACAAGUAACAUACGCAU